AUGCCAACACAGAUCCACCAAAACCUCCAUAUCAUCACCGACCCAAGCAAUCAGCCACUCAACAACGUCAAGAUGCCCAUCCUCGCUCUCUUCACCAAUCUGACUUUCCAUCACAUUUCCCUCCUAGCCUUCCUCCUCGGAGCACAGAUCUACCAAUCUUUCCUCGUCAACAUCACCGCCAAAAACGCUCUCACCGAAGCCCACUUCCGUAUCCUCCAAGCCGCCAUCUGGCCCAUGUACUUCAAGAUGCACAUGAUCGUGACUAUGCUGCUGGCAUUGACAUACCCCGGAGCCGGAAAGACCGCUCCUUUCCCAGGUUCAAAUUCCGUGCAAGGCCAACCGGACGGAGGUGAUCGCUUGACCGUGAUGCUGUCCUUCACAGCGAUGUUUGUCUUCUCGGCGGCGAACGCGUUCAUUUUCGUUCCGAAGGCUACAAGUACUAUGUGGAAAUUGCACAGUGUUCGUGAGGAGAAAGCCCGUGGGAGGACAGGGUCUCAGUGGCAAGGAGAUAAGAUCAACGUUGCAUCAGUCGGUGACGGAAACGGUAUCCGGAACGAUGGUUCUGAGUCGCCGGAACUCAAGACCUUGUACAACAAGUGGCGUGCUUUUCAUGGAGCUUCUUACGCGUGCGCUAUGGCGACGCUCGCUACGAGCAUUUACUAUGCACUGUGUAUUGCGGAGAGAUAUCUGUGA